UGCUCCACACAGUUCGUCAAGAUGGCUCAAAGCUGGUGCAUGACCCAUGCUUUAGAUAACGUGAGUCGUCGCUGCGGAUAAUAAAUAUCCUGAACGACUACAGUUACUUUCUUAUCGUGAGUUCGUGAGGAUGAGUGGAUGAUAAGUUUUCCACCCAAUAUCACCUUCACCUCAGGAGGUAGUUCAAAAAUACAGCAGUUGCAUAUUGGAUGCAUUUUUCAAAUUUCUCGUAGCGCUUAAAAACACUUGUUUCCGAUCGUUUCUGGUGCUAAACAAUUUUGUCAAAUUAGGCCAGAUGGUAUUUAUCCAUUGUUUUAUUUGGCUGAUUCUUCUCUUCACAUUAAAUCAAGUGCAAAGUUACAAUGUAGCGGCAAUGGAGUGUCAUGAAACGUCAAUGAAACUUAAGACACAUUGUCACCAUUCUCAAGUGUCCGUCCCUUUUCCAUUUACAUGUGGCAAUAUACCAGUGAGCUACUGUCACGAUGUGGAAAACUUGUUGGAACCCAACAUUUCAACUAAAGUUUACCUGGAUGGCCAUCGAAUUUUCGACAAACGUUUAAACGACGAUUGUUGGAAUGUCACCACAACUUACUUAAAGUCUGGACAUUGGCAGAUCGAAUUGGGGAGAAUAGAAAACGUUUAUGCCGUUCUGAUCCGAUCGCUUGGCAUAUAUAGAAAUGAAUCCAAUGGGUUUCAAGUUACCGUAUCACGACGCUUGUCAACUAACCGAUCAGAAUCCAUCAAAUGCCACGAUUUUGAGUACUUUGAUGGAUAUCACACCUAUCUCUGUUACCAAUCCGAAGAGAAAGCUUUAACAUCAAAUUAUCGACCAGGUUACGACGCAAAAUUUGUGGAUAUCUUUGGUGACGUUUACAUUGAUGAUUCAUGCGAUUUUUCAAACAUCGUUAAAGUCUACUCUUACCCAAUCAGAGUGUGUGGUAUUCCAGAAACCCAUCAUAAUCAAUCCAUUAUGCAAAAAGCACACUAUUACCUUGUAGGUCAAGAAGUGACCUACAAAUGUUCUGAUGAUGCUCACAUACUUAUCGGAGAUCCAAUUCGAAUUUGUCAGCAUAAUGGUUUAUGGAGUGGGAAAACUCCUAUCUGUGUCCAAGUUCACAAUGUCCAACCACAGACUCGGUUCUUCCGCUUCAUGGAAAACGCUGAAUUUUAUUGGCCGGCUAGAAGUCUUGCAAAAGCAACGCGCAUCGACGAAAAUGAAAUGAUCACCUAUAGUUUCGAAACGGAAUAUUGCUUAAAAUAUAUUCUAUUGGAAUAUCAUUCAGAAUUGUCCGAAAGAACAAACAUAUCACUUCAUACGACUUCAAUGGACGGAUAUCGGCACGUCUGGACAGCCAAUGACACAUUUGGUGUUUACGCCAAUAAACAAUAUUUUCUACCUGGAAAUAAUCAAUCUUUCAUAUGUUGCCUUAACGUGACAUUUCAAAGACACCAAGAUAAACCGUCACAAGGCAUUUUAAAAAGAUCUGAAUUCGUGUAUCACAUUGAAGCAGCUGGUUACCACCGUCGUAACGGUGAUUGCCUGAAGCCCCAUCUCUUUCCCAACGUGAAGUUUUCCAUCGAUCAAAACCACACAGUUGAGAAUGGAGUGACUGUAAAACUGGAAUGUAACAAAGGCUUUCGUCAAAGAAACGAUGAUCCGCCUGAAAUUCAGUGCGAUAAUGGCUCAUGGAAAGGGAACAUUCCCAUUUGUGACAUUGAAAAUUGUCCGCAACCCAAUAGCCGUCGUCAUUCUUCCUGGAAGUAUAUGGAAAACCAACAUUUAAAGUAUCAUCGCGUAGAAUAUGAGUGCCACCCGGGAUUUGAAUUGCAAGGCCAUAACAUGUCUACGUGUAAUAAUGGCAGAUGGACCACUCCACCACCGAAAUGCAAAGUUACAUUCUGCACGAAUUUUGUGAUCCCGUCCAACAUGUUCUGCAUGCAAAAUCGUAGAAACGAGUUUUAUGACGUAACAGGCAAUGGGACAUCGUUUCAUCAUGGUAUAAGCCUCGUGUGUUAUUGCCAACCUGGAUUUCGCAUCAUAGGCAAUCGUACGAUUCAUUGUAGCAACAAACAGUGGACAGCAGAACUUCCAAAAUGCCAAGAAAUAUUAUGCGAGAAUCCACCAUUUUCCAUUAGAAGUGGUAGUAACCAGUCCUUCGUCAAGCAGCGUUAUUGGAAAACUGGAUCACACAACUUUUCUUGUCCCGAAAAAAUGAUCAUAAAAGGACAGCACAAAAGUACUUCAGCAGAGCUGACAUGUCGAGAUAAUGGCGAAUGGGAGGAAACUGAACUGUUUGAAUGUGUUGAAGGUAAUAAUACCCUUGGCAAUGCAGAAAUUGCAGGUGUCGUUGUUGGAGUCGUUCUAGCAGUGGUACUAACUUCUGUCGCUUACGUGAUUAUCAAGAGGUUCCGUAGAAAGGUGGAGGAAAUAAGGAAGGUCAACGAGAGUAAACGAAAUUUAACAAUUGUUGAAGAUGGUAACAACGCAAGUUACAUUUCUUUUUCAUGUGAGAUGGAUGAUAACGUCAGUUUAGCUGGUGAGGAGGUUUCCAAGUUUCUCUAUCCAACGUAUGAUUCACAAUGCCCCGAAUCAAGUGAAAGCGAAAUAGAUGUGAUAACUUAAUGGGAGGCCAUUAAAGGAGUAUUUUCGUACACCCUUAACUGUCUACCUCGUUUCAGUUGCAAAGUUAUUACAUUUACCAACAUGUGUAAUAGAA